AUGUCGUCAUCGUCACCGACACCGCAGACAGACCAUAAUAAGAAUAAUAAUGCCGGAUUGAACAAACAACAUCUGAUCAUUGCGUUGGCUGUUGGUUUGAGUGUGGUCACCUUGAUCAUCAUGUGCUUGCUUCUCUCCAUCUUCGUCAACAACCGCCACAGCAACUCCGACAACAGCGAACAUCGGCGCUUUCGUCCCUCUCGCUCCAAAAAACCCAAGAAAUCACCCAGCGAACGACGCCUGCGCAAACUCGACGCCGAGUCUCCAAUCUGCACCCUCGAGGAAUGGUGGUCCCGAGCCAAGAUCCCUCCUCUCCCGUCGGAUGAUGAAUGCGAUCAGUUUACAUGUGCAAUAUGUCUCGACUCCGUCCUGCGAAGCCACGAGAUCCGCGACUUGAAAUGCCUACAUGUGUUCCAUCGCGAGUGUUUGGACAAAUGGUAUCUGCAGGACCAGUUCCAUUGUCCGUUGUGUCAUCGGGCGUACUUUAAGCAGCAGUUUCAGCCGACGAAUGAGUUUGUGUGGAUGGUAUGA